UGUGACGUAUAAUUCUGGAGGACGCCUUAUUGGUCAGUUACACCUCACAGUCAGUCCCCACCUCAACGUGAAGACAGCAACUCCAGCUUCAACUUCAACCUUUGUGCAACUACUUCACCUGAUUCCAGCCAACAUGAAGAGCUCAAGGGGCGAGUCAUGCGGACAGGGACAGGUGUACGCUGGAGAUCCAGCCCAGCACUACGGGCAGACCCCCAGUCCCAGCAAGGAAAGCCUCUGCUGGGCCAUCAACACCUUCAAGGCGGAGAACCAUGAGCUGAGAGUGCUGAACGCCGAGAUGAGGAUGGAGCUGGCCGGCAAGAGCAUCUCGUGGGAGCUCGAAAGACAAAACCUGAUCGACGGUAAAAUGCACAGUCUCGCGAUGGCGAAGAGGGACGUGGACAUCCUGGUGGAGGCCAUGGAGGAGUCUGCAGCCAGAGAGAGAGAGUGCGAGGCCAAGAUCGAAGACAUGGCCUCGACGCUGAGGGUGAAGGACGAGCUCAUCGUCCAGUCAAAGGAGGGUCUGCAGAGGCAGGAGGCCGAGAGCCAGAGGGUCGAAGCCAAGAUCCGCCAGAGUCACAUCAUGAGGCAGGCCACCGUCACCGCCCUGGAGGAGAGCCUCACAGCUCAGCGCGACGCCAGCGCCAAGAAGAUGGAGGAGCUGCAGCAAAGGCUCACAGAGACGAAUGAGAAGUUGGUCAUCAAGCAGCAGGCCUCCAUCGCCCAGGUGACCAGGAUGGAGGAGGAGAUCAGACUCCUCAUCCAGAAAAACCAGGAGCUUCAGGUAAGCGUCACAGCAGCUCAUUUUGACUUGAAUGCGAACUUGUUGGCCUGUGUUAAGGUCGAUUCAGAUUGCAGAAACUUGCGCCGUCCCUUGUCUUUUCAGGAACUCGCACUGAUGUCUGACAAAGACAAGGCAAGGAUACAGAAGGAGGAGGAGAAAUCAAAGAAGGAGGCAGAGAAGAGGCUGAAGAAUGAGAGGAGAGCGAAGGAGGAGCGGGAGAAGAAGGAGAGGACAGACAGAGAGGAGGAGGAGAUGAAAGCUGUGGCGGCGCCAUAGCUUUUAUGUUGCUGGUGCUGUGUGAUUCCUUGCGUUAUUAGAGGCUAGAUCUAUGGGAAAGGAAGGAGAUCAAGAAUAGAGAGGAGGAAAAGAAAAAUAAGUUACACCCCCCCACUCUUCACCCCUUCGCACGUCCUUCCUCUCCAUCAACCCUCUCGACCAUCCCCUCAUUCCAACUCCCCUACUCACUGCUAUAAAAAGAUUUCAACCUCAUAAAACUUAAUGUCAAAGUCACUAUUGGUUGAAAAUGUGACAGACAGAUGCAGAUUGCAGAUUUUGCACCGCCUAAAAUGAAUUAUGGAAAUAAUAUUGCUGAACUGGACAUAUAACCUGGAUCAGAGAUUCAUAACAUGAAAGUCAGUGUAAAUGGGGCCUAAAGGCACAGUAAGAGACCUCAACCUAUCGAAAAUACAGUCAAGGAAUCUCCACAGUGCACACAGCACAUCUUCAUCAGAGAAUAUGACAGGAUUGAACCCUGGAGCUGCUGCUGAGAGGAGGAUGAGAACUAUCUCCUCCUCAGGAUAUCCAUUCUCAGCACAGAUCGAUGCCUCACACAGAAGCGAGGGGCCCUUGUACGUCCUGGAUGACCUCGUGCAGAGACCAGAGGUGUCACGGCGGAGACCCGUCGAGCUUUCGCACACCGACCUGUGACACACACUUCACUCCACCAAUCAGGCCGACAACACAAUCACUCACUGAUACACGUCCCAGGCAACAUGCUGUACCGUAUUCGGGGCGGGGGCUUGUGACUUCAGGCUCUCUAUAAUCCUGGAUAAGGUCCUGGUGAAAAAUUGAUUUUGGUGUAACCGAUACAACUUUUCCCAUCUUUUACAUUUCACCAAAUUAUUUUCAGACAGUGUGUGUGUGUGUGUGUGUGUGUGUGUGUGUGUGUGUGUGUGUGUGUGUGUGUGUGUGUGUGUGUGUGUGUGUGUGUGUGUGUGUGUGUGUGUGUGUGUGUGUGUGUGUGUGUGUGUGUUUUUAAUGGUAAUAAUAGUACUGUAGUGUCACAGUCUGUGUGCUUCAUCCGGCCUGAGUGUCACACUCUUACACGAUAUAACACACGGGUCCUCCAGCCGCCGUGUACGUGCCGCAGCUCUUGUCCCCCGGCUGGAUGGACACACAGCGGUCUCCUCCGAGCUGGGAGGAGCGGAGUGAAAGUGCACACGUGGACACCCGAGACGGACGUGGACUUCAGCCAAUCGCAGGCCGGGCCUCCCCCCGGCCAGCCAAUGGGACAGUUUUUUGGGGAGUAAAAACCCUAAAGUGUUGGUAGGCGGAAAAUGAGAGAGAGAAAAAGAGGAGGCACAGCGGGGUCUGGGUCUGAGGCCCGGAGGAGAUGGCCGAUGUUUUCCUCACGUUUUGCUGAAGAACGGAAGAGAAAUCUCUCUCUCUCUCUCUCUCUCUCUCUCUCUCUCUCUCUUUGUUUCUUCACCGGGAAAUGAUUUGUAUGAUGACAUAACGAGGAUGCUUUGAUUUUUUCCGGGUUGAACAUUCUCUCAGGAACUUUGGAUCUCCACAAACAAAUAAACAGGGUAAGACCCCUCGUUUUUCCUUCUACCAUAAAGGAAUCCAGGGUUCACUUCUACAUUCAGGCUGCACAACCCGGCCUGUACACUGCAAUCCUGCUUCUACUUUCAAAGAACCUUGUUGGAUUAUAUACUUCAAAAAAAAAAAAAAAAAAAUCCUAAAAGUGUCUGUACAGUGAGUUCUUAUGUGGACGUCUGCGGUCCACGCACAGUAGCCCUCAGAAGCUCAGUAAACUGUCUCAGAUGGCAGACUGCUUGGCUCCAUUAUCUCAUGGUGAGGCACUUCAUAGUUUUUCCCUGAGAGUAUUUAUAAAGUAUUUAUAACCUAGAGCAUGAACCAAACAAACUGACAAACAGAAACAAAACAAAACGCCAAAGCGAUCGCUUUAUUCGUUAAAUAUAAUUUGUACCUCAGGUUUUAGAAGUGCUGCUCCUGUUGAAACAGCAACAGUAACUCCUAAACAAAAGUUUGAUCUACACUGUAGACUAAAAUAUAUAUAUAUAUAUUUUUAUGUACAGCGUAUCUCAUUGUAAUAACUGUAUGGAGGUGUGUGAGAAUAUGAUGCGGAUGAUUAUAGGUUUCAAUCUUGUUGGUUACUGCAUAAGUGGUUUUAUAAAUGGCUGUCUUUAACUGCUCAUAUUUACUUUAAUUAAAUGUAGAAUAGAUCCUG